AUGGUGUCCAAGUUAUCUGCGAGGCCGAGAGAGUGGAGCAAAUGGCUCCAUAAGGCAACGAUGUCUACUUCUGAAAAGCUCGGAGAACAAGGUGGUCCAGGAGGAACUACUUGGGAUGAUGGUUCAUUUGGUGGUGUAAGAAAAGUGUAUGUCGGAGAAGGUGAUAACGGUGUAACGUAUGUGAAGUUUGAGUACGAUAAAGGUGGAAAACUUGAAGAGGGUGGAAAACUUGUUGGCUUUCAUGGACGUUCUGCUGCUGCUUUAGAUGCACUUGGAGCGUACUUUGCUCCAUUCUUCCCUACAAAGAAACUGCAAGCUCAAGACAAAGUGCCCGAACAAGGUGGUCCUGGUGGAUUUGUAUGGGAUGAUGGUUCAUUUGAUGGCGUAAGAAAAGUGUAUGUUGGAGAAGGUGAUAACGGUGUAACAUAUGUUAAGUUUGAGUAUGAUAAAGGUGGAAAGCUUGAAUUUGUUCUUGACUAUCCGGACGAAUAUAUCACAAUGAUACACGGAACCUGUGGUAAAGUCCCUCAACAUGGACUUCCGAUCGUUACAUCACUUACCUUCAUAACAUCAAAGCAAAGAACCUCUUCACCAGCUGGAUCUGUGAUUGGCUCCCGUUUUUCACUCGGGAAGGAGGGUGGAAAACUCAUUGGCUUUCAUGGACGUUCUGCCGCUGCUUUAGAUGCUCUUGGAGCGUAUUUGCUCCAUUCUUCCCUUCAAAGAAACCGCAAGUUCAAGACAAAGUGCCAGAACAAGGUGGUCCUGGUGGAUUUGUGUGGGAUGAUGGUUCAUUUGAUGGUGUAA